AUGAUAUUUUUUAAAUAUUUUUUACUAUAUAUAAUAUUUAAUAAUUUUAUAAAAUAUAUUGUAAAUAAAAAUAUAAAUAAUAUUAAUUUUUCAUCAAUUAGAACAAAAAGAAAAGUAAUAGGAGAAGUUAUUUAUAAAUGGACUUUACCAAUACCAUAUUAUGUUGAUAAAAAUCUUGAUCAUAAUUUAAUAAAAAUAGCUUUAAAUGAAAUAGAAUAUAAUACAUGUAUAAGAUUUAGACAAAUGAAUGAAAUGAUUGAUGGAAUAUCAGGGAUACAAUAUUAUUUUGGAAAUACUUGUUCAAGUAAAGUAGGAAGAGUUCUUGGUAAAAUAUGGCAACGAAUAAGUAUUGGUGAUGAUUGUAAUGAAAAAGGUAGAAUACAACAUGAAACACUUCAUGCAUUAGGAAUUGAUCAUGAACAUUCUAGAUAUGAUAGACAUAAUUUUAUAUAUUUAAUUGAAAAAAAUGUGGCUGAUGAAUAUAAACAUAAUUUUUUAGUUGUUUCAGAAAUUAAUUCUAAUACAUUUAAUAUACCAUAUGAUUAUGGAUCAAUUAUGCAUUAUGAUAUGUAUUCAUUUAGUAAAAAUGGCAAUCCAACAAUGAUACCAAAAGAUGAAUUAUAUAAAACAACUAUUGGUCAUGUACAUAGUUUUUCUUUUAAUGAUAUUAAAACAGUAAAUUUAUAUUAUUGUGCAAAAAAAUGUAGUGUUAAAAUAUAUUGUUUUAAUGGUGGUUAUCAAAAUCCAAAUAAAUGUAAUACUUGUAUAUGUAUUGAAGGUUUUGUUGGAUAUAAUUGUAGAUAUUUUCAAAAAUCAAAAAAUUUCUGUGGUAUAACAACAUUUAUUGCUCAUAAAAUUUCAAAAGAAAUAAAAAAUGGAGGUAAUAAAUAUUGUAUUUAUCAUAUAAAAACAUUAAAAAGAUAUAAAAUUGGAAUAAAACUUAAUUUUGUCAAUAUACAAACGGUUGAAAAAAAGAUAUGUGAACCUGAUAACUCAUUAGAAAUAAAAUAUUGGGAAGAUAAGACAGUAACUGGAGCACGUUUUUGUGGAAUUAUUAUUGGUACUACUUUUAUUUCAAAAAAUGAUUAUGUUAUAAUAUACUUUAGAAGCAAUAAUAUGGGAAGUAAUUUUAAAAUAACAUUUAAAAGAAUUUAA